ACACACAUACACUGACACACACACAUAAAGUGGCUGAUUGUUGGCAUAAAAAAAGUAUUUCAAGUGCAAAUAAUUUUGGCGAUCGGAGUGCACAGAUUUUUUUGGGUUGUGUGUGUGUGCGUAAAAUUUUGUUUGGAAUUUUUGCAACUUUACUUGCUAAACUAUUUUGAAAAUUUUCAUGCUGCGCUUGGCGGUGCAUAAAAAAGUCACUCAGGACGUUGCAAGCGGCAAGUAGCAAGUGCUGCCAACGGCAACGACAGCAACAACAACAACGACGACAACAACAACGACAGUUUGUUAGUUAAAGAGUUGCGACUUUUUCGGCGCUAUAAAAGCAAAACAAUAACAGGUCGAAAGGACGAAAGGACGACAGCCUUUGUUGGUUCAAUAACUUGCAGUCAAUAAAAGAGAAAAAAAAUAAAACAACGAAGCUAAGGCAACGUCAAGUCAAUGUUCGGUCAUGUCAGAGUUUACGGGGUCAGCGGGGCAGGUGGCAACGCUGGUGGGGCAGGUGGUGGUGCAGGUGGCGACGCCACUGCUUGGCUCUGCGACUUGACGCAAGCGUGGCACAUUGCCAGUCUGCAGCCGACAAUCGACCAGAGUGUUGCCACAAUGUACGGCCGUCUGCCCGGAGCGGGGAAUGUGGCCAAUAGUGGUGCUGGUGGUGCGAAUGCCGCACAUGAUAGAAUCAAAAUUGGCUUCUGCACGGAUCUGGACAAGUCGGUGUUGGUCAACAACUUUGAGAAACGUGGCUGGCAUCAGGUGAAUGGCGAUGAUGAUUGGCAUUUCUAUUGGGCCGGAGUGCAGACGUGUCGGAAUAUCUUCAGCGUGGACAGUGGCUAUCGCAUGCAUGACAAUCAGAUGAUCAAUCAUUUUCCCAAUCAUUAUGAGCUCUCACGCAAGGAUUUGCUGGUGAAGAACAUUAAACGCUAUCGCAAGGAUCUCGAGCGUGAUGGCAAUCCCUUGGCCGAGAAGACCGAAUCAAAUAAUUCAAGUGGCACGCGUUAUGUGUAUUUGGAUUUUGUGCCCACCACAUUUGUGCUGCCGGCGGAUUACAAUAUGUUUGUGGAGGAGUAUCGCAAGUUUCCGCUGAGCACAUGGAUCAUGAAGCCGUGUGGCAAGUCUCAAGGUGCCGGCAUCUUUCUCAUCAACAAGCUGUCCAAGUUGAAGAAGUGGUCCAGGGAGGCCAAGGGUCCAUUUCAUCCACAGAUUGCCAAGGAGUCGUAUGUCAUCUCACGCUACAUUGACAAUCCGCUGCUAAUUGGAGGAAAGAAGUUUGACCUGCGUCUUUAUGUAUUGGUCGCCUCAUUUCGACCCUUGAAGGCAUAUCUCUUCAAACAAGGAUUCUGUCGCUUUUGUACAGUGAAGUAUGAUACGAGUGUGACGGAGCUGGACAACAUGUAUGUGCAUCUGACCAAUGUGAGUGUGCAGAAGCAUGGAGGGGAAUACAACACGUUGCAUGGCGGCAAAUGGUCGGUGCAGAAUCUGGCACUCUACUUGGAAGGCACACGAGGCAAGGAAGUCACGGAUCGGCUCUUUGGCGCCAUCUCUUGGCUGAUAGUGCACUCUCUGAGAGCCGUUGCACCUGUGAUGGCCAGCGAUAGACAUUGCUUUGAAUGCUAUGGCUAUGAUAUCAUCAUUGAUAACGCUUUGAAGCCUUGGCUGGUGGAAGUGAAUGCCUCGCCCUCUUUAACCUCGACCACAGUCAACGAUCGCAUACUGAAAUACAAGUUAAUAGACAACAUUCUAUCGGUGGUAUUGCCACCAGAUGGUGUGCCAGAUGUGCGCUGGAAUAAGAUACCCAGUGCAGAUGCUUUGGGCAACUUUGAGCUGCUCAUCGAUGAGGAGUUGGCGGCACAGGAUGAGGCACAGAGCAGCAGCAACAACUCGCAUGCCAAAUCCUCAAAGCUCAGCAGCCGCUGGAAGUGACGAAAAUAACUCCUAUGGUUGCACAGCUACUAUGUGUUUUUUAAUAAAUAUAACUUAGACUA